CUAUGGUACUUGAGGAAAUAGCUACAAAUCGGUUUUUCUAGCGGGCACAUGAAAGUGAUAUGAACUCGUAUAGUUUUAUGCGGAUAUAAGCUUAGUUUGUUUAUGUGAAAGUUGGUUGUUUGCUUGUUGGAAAUACAACGAAUGAGAUGGCCAAUUCUAUGGAACAGACAAGGGGUUUUCUUGUCGCACUGGUGAUUUUAGCCGUAUUAUCACCCAUAUUCUGCAUCUCCAUCACAAUCCAUAGCGAACCAAAACAAGCAAGCACCGUUGGAACGUCAGCAGAAAUAACUACUGUGGUUACACCAACUGAAAAUGCCAGUAAAGACGUUACCCUAUCAACGCCCGAAAGACAUAAGAGGUUAUUACCAUACCUCAACUACUACGUAGCACAAAACAAAACCUACACACGUCCCAGCUCUGGAAAACCCAGAAGAUAUCAUGUAUACGUGCAAAAUAACCCUUUGAGUGACUCACAAACUAACUAUUUUCCCGAGGAUAAAAAUCUUUACACUCCUUUCUUGGAAACCAAUGCUUUACCCGGACCAUUCGUACCAAUGGUAUCUAGAAACCCACCCAAGAACAUAAAAAUCCAUUACAUAACCCUUCAAACUAAACCGCAAACUCAGAAACCAACAAUAGAUUUCAGUUCAAUUUAUGGAAAACUAUACGCUUUGAAAACCAAAGAACAACACCGACAACCGAUUCAGGUGGAGAACUACGAGAACCCUAUUAAAUACAAGGCAAGGCCCCAGCAACAUCCAACGAGCUACAAGUACCACAACAGUAAAACGGUUGUUCAGACGUACACACCAACCCAGAUUGAUAUAAACCCUUCCAGCGAUAAAUACUCUAAUAACUAUAGCCCAGAAAUUUCAAUAUCAACUUAUAGAAAUGAGUUGAAACACAUACAGCAACCAUAUGGCAACAAACAAGUGGCGUUGGAAUUGCCUCAAAACCUUUACACCUCCAGGCCUAAGCAGAAACAGAACAGUUACAGGAAACCAGUUAUAAUACUUCAGAAACCUCCAGUGUACUACGAUGAUGAAGGUGGAAAACGACCAGAAACAAACCCUGUGAUCUACGUUCAAGCCAGGCCUCAACAAAAUUACAGACCAUACUCUGCACCUGUUGUUCAAGAAAACUAUGUAGCUCAAAAGUACCUAAACUACCCUAAAUAUGAAGAAGUUCCUUCCAGACCUCAAACAUACCAACCUGAUUAUUACCAAUACGAACCAGAGUACCCAAUCCAGCCCAUAACACCAUCUCCAGUUCCUACGUCUACGGAACCAAUACAUAUCGAGCAAAAUCUUCUCAGCCAUGAAGACCCAAGGUCGCUUGGUAUCCUUUUGAAAAAGCUCCAAGAUGCGAAUGCUCUACCUCAGACUCUUACAGUUGACAACAUCGACAAUAGCAUUAAAACUUUGGUAAAAAUUCUGGACUCCCUGAAGAAACAUCGUACCUCUUUCAAACCAAUAGUUGUGGCAGAUGAAAAUGAAGAAUAUUCAAGUGUUGAGAAUGACAGCAGUAAAGAAAUAUCAUCAGAACAUCCUAAUGUUAUCGAACCAAUAGAACCUGUUCCUGUGGAUCCAGUUUCCAUUUCCCAUUCUUAUACUGAAGAAGGUGGUACUCCUGGCACUCCAGGGGUUGAUUAUCCUGCUCUGUCGUCGAUUCCUCCUACCAGCUUCAAUUGUAAGACGCAAAGGUAUAAGGGCUUCUUUGGUGAUCCAGAUACAAAUUGUCAGGUCUGGCAUUACUGCGAUCUGAAUGGUGGACAAGCAUCUUUCUUGUGUCCAAAUGGGACAAUAUUCAGUCAGGUAGCACUGACUUGUGAUUGGUGGUACAAUGUGAAGUGUUCAUCGACACCACAGUUGUAUGUCUUGAAUGAGAGGCUGUACAAAUACAUCUUACCUUUUGCACCUAAAUUUCCAGAGGAUUACACUGGCCCAUUGGUGGACAAAUAUUUGGCCAUCAAAUUUAUGGAAAUGGAGGAGAAAAUGAAGAAGGAACGCAAAGGAAAAGAUAAGAGCGAAGAAGACUCUUCUUCUGAAGAAGCAACGGAAGAAUCUACGGAAGCGAAUACAGAAAAACCGAUUUGAAACCACCGCACCAUCGAAUAAUGUACAACUUGACUUUGUGAUUGAAGUGUAAUCCUAGUUCCAUUUAUUUUUGUUAUUACUAUUUAUUUAUGUUUUGGACAUUACAGUGGUGUAGAAGUUAUGUGGAAUAGUGUAAGAUGUGAAUGCGAGAGUGACAGAAUUGGUUGAAUUGUGUAAAUAUAUAUUGAUAAGAAGUA